UUCAUUUGGUUAUCAACAUUAAAAAGAAAUUCACGUGUACACACAAGAACAUAUUUACGUGUUAUUAUAUUCACAAGCUGGUAGAAAAACUCGAUGUUACCAAAAGUAUACACUAUCUAAUCCAUCCUUAUAUAAACCUUCUGUUGCAUUGUAGCAGAGUGUAAGAAGCAAAACUAGACAAAGAUAUAACAAAACAUUUGUUUUUUUUCAUUACUCAUAUAAGUUUCUUUCUCUGGUCUUGUCCUAAUGGAAUGGACUAGAGGAAGAAUCCUAGGCCGAGGCUCCACAGCCACCGUCUGCGCUGCCAUGUGUCACAAUUCAAACGAAACCCUCGCCGUCAAAUCCUACGAGCUUCACCGGUCAGGGUUCUUGCAAAGAGAAGCCAAGAUCCUCUCCUCGUUGAACUCUCCUUACGUGAUCGGGUACAGAGGAUCAGAAACCAAGAUGGAGUCAAACGGCGUCGUCACGUAUAACCUUUUGAUGGAGUACGCGCCGUACGGAACGUUGACCGACGCGGCGGCGAAAAACGGAGGCCAACUCGAGGAAGCUAGGAUCGUGAAGUACACGCGCGAGAUACUAUUGGGACUGGAGUAUAUUCACUCGAAGGGGAUAGCGCAUUGCGAUGUGAAGGGGAGCAACGUGGUUGUCGCGGAGAAGGGUGAGGCCAAGAUAGCGGAUUUCGGGUGUGCGAAACGGGUGGGCUCGGAGGCUGUGACGGGUACGCCGGCGUUUAUGGCUCCGGAGGUGGCGCGUGGGGAGAAACAGGGGAGUGAGAGUGAUAUAUGGGCGGUCGGGUGUACUGUUAUUGAGAUGGCUACGGGCUCUCCGCCGUGGACGGAGGCGGGAGAUGAUCCGGUUUCGGUUCUUUACCGGGUUGGAUACUCGGGUGAGGCUCCGGAGCUUCCUUGUUUGCUUACGGAAGAAGCAAAGGAUUUCUUGGAGAAGUGUUUUAAGAGAGAAGCGAAAGGGAGAUGGACGGCAACACAACUCCUAAACCAUCCGUUUCUGAUAACUAAACCGGACAUUGAACCGGUUUGGGUUCGUUUGGUUUCGAGCUCACCGACAAGUGUGACAGAUCAAACGUUUUGGCGAUCAGUGGAGGAGGAAGUAGUAGAAGAAGAAGAAGAAGAAGAAACAGAGGAAUUGCAAGAUGAGUCAAGAAAUCUUGACCGUUUAAACUUGUGGGCUUGUUAUUCGGAGAGGAUCGGACGGCUGAGAUGUGUUGGUGGGUUGGAUGGGCCCAGAUGGGAUAUGGAAGGUGGGGGUUGGAUCACGGUGAGGGUGAGUUGUGAAGGAACAAUGAUUAGUGGGUCACAUUAGGAUUAUUAUAUUUGAAGGAAUUGUAAGUUGAUUUGGGGUCAUUUGGUUGUGAAUUGUAGAAAGUAUUGGGGUUGAUAUUAGAGAAGAUCUCCAAUUUAGGGAGAUCAAUGUUGUAGCUUGUUAGCAUCCGAAUCUUCAACUGAAGACAUGUACAAAAUAAAAAUCACGAUUUUUUUAAAAACCAAAUCCAAAGUUGAUUUCUGUAGUUUUUCAAGGUUUGU